AGACGCUUUGUCCGCCCCUGCUCCCGCUGUCAGAGCUCCUCCAGCAGCUCUUCGCCUCAGAUGGCCUGCUGCUGCAGCUCCUGCUACAACUCGUGGAGGCGAGAAUGACCCCGGGGUUCCCUCCCAUCGAGACACCCUGACCAUAAGAACGGAUUUGAGUCGCUUUUGUUUUAGUUUUUUUUUUUUUUUUUUUUUUUUUAAGAACCACUGCAAUAAUGGCGCUCCGUUGUGCGCCUGUGUGCACGCGGCUGGUCGCGGCUGUUUUCACGUUCGCUGCACUGUGGGGAUGUGCGCUCUCCAUCAACCGCUACUCGGUACCGGAGGAAAUGGAAGCGGGCUCCUUUGUUGCCAAUCUAGCCACAGAUCUGGGUCUGGACGUUCGCAGUCUGGAGGAGCGCAACGCCAAGCUCGAUGCCAUCCACAGCAAAAAUUACCUUGACAUCAACAAAGACACGGGAGAGCUGGUCAUCCGCGAAAAGAUAGACCGGGAGAGCAUAUGCAUGACUAAAACAACCUCGUGCUUUCUGAAAAUGGACGUGAUACUUGCAAACCCCGUGCGCAUCUUUAACAUCGAGCUGGAAAUCAUGGACAUCAAUGACAACGCUCCAGUGUUUCGCAGGAAGACAAUGCACUUGGACGUUUUGGAGGCAACCCCUCCCGGUGAGAGAUUCUCCUUAACUAACGCCGUGGAUGCAGAUGUGGGGGCGAAUUCCAUCAAGACCUACUACCUGAGUGAAAGCAAAUACUUCAACAUUGAUAUACAAACAGGCAGCGAUGGCUCCAAAUAUGUUGAUUUAGUGCUAAGUGGUCAACUAGACAGAGAGAAGCAAGCAGUCCACAAUUUGAUUUUAACAGCUGUGGAUGGGGGUGUUCCUCCCCGCUCUGGCACAGCUAGCAUCAUAAUUAACGUCUUGGACAUUAAUGAUAACGCCCCCUCUUUCAGCCAGCCAGUGUUUACAGUCAGUGUUUCAGAGAACUCCGCAGUAGGCACGGUGGUUAUGACCUUAAACGCAACAGAUUUAGAUGAAGACACUAACGCCCAGCUGAUAUAUUCGUACACGCUUUACACCUCAGAGAAAACGCAGGAGCUCUUCUCUCUUGACCCAAACUCGGGUGAGAUCAAAGUGAAGGGUGUGAUCGAUUAUGAGGAGAGUCAAAGUUUUGAGAUGCACAUCCAGGCUCAGGACAGAGGGACGAACCCCCUGUCAGGACACUGCAAAGUGAUGGUUUUUGUCACAGACCUGAACGACAACUACCCCGAGGUGACCAUUAAGUCCCUGAAAAGAGCAGUGGCUGAGGAUGUCUCUGUGGGGACGCUGAUUGCCGUGGUCAGCGUCAGCGACCGGGACUCUGGAGGCAACGGGGAAGUGGACCUCACACUGAACCAGCAAGAACCCUUACCGUUCCUCCUGAAUAAAUCCUCAGAGGGCUACUUUGAGCUGCUGGUGUCAAAGGCGCUGGACAGGGAGAUAAAAAGCAAGUAUGACAUCACACUAUUAGUGGCAGACAGAGGGUCGCCCCCCUUAUUUGAAAACGAGACCAUCAUCUUGGAGAUUCUGGAUGUAAAUGAUAAUGCACCCACGUUCUCCCAGUCCUUCUACACAAUCCAUGUUGUGGAGAACAAUCCACCUGGGGCGCUGCUGACAUCUCUAAGUGCAUUUGACCCAGAUCUCAAUGAGAACCAGUAUUUGGUUUAUUUCAUAAUGGAGAAAGAGAUUGUUAACACGUCCAUGUCAAUGCUCUUUUCCAUUAAUCCCGAGAACGGGGAUCUUUAUGCCCUCAAGACGUUUGACUACGAGAGAGAGAGGGAUUUCCUGUUCCACAUUGAGGCGAGAGACUCUGGAGUUCCCCCACUGUGCAGCAAUGUGACGGUUCAUAUCAUCAUUCUGGACCAAAAUGACAACACGCCUCUCAUUGUGUCACCUUGGCGGGCGCAUGGUUCUGUCAUUGAAGAGGUGAUACCGCGGUCCACGGAAAAAGGACACUUGGUGGCCAAAGUAGUCGCCAUUGAUGCAGACUCUGAGCAGAACUCCAGGGUCACAUACCAGCUCCUGCAGAUCAGCGACUCAACACUCUUCAGUCUGGAUCAGUACAAUGGCGAGAUUCGAACUACAAGGAUGUUUAGUCACAGAGACCCGAGACAGCAGAGACUGGUAGUUAUUGCCAAAGACAAUGGUGACCCUGCUCUCUCUGCCACAGUCACCAUCAAGAUUUCAACAGUGGAACACGCCAUGACCUUCUUAGAGACUACCGAGUUGCCACUAGAGUUUGAAGUCUUCACAAACCUAAACCUAUACCUGGUGAUCGGUUUAGGAGCUGUGUCCUUUUUGCUGCUGAUAACCAUCUUGGUUAUAAUUGUGCUCAAGUGUCAAAAACCAAAGCCCAAGGCCAUCAAGAUCCCUCCAGCCAAUAGAAACAGUAUGAUCAGCCAGAGGAGCUCCACCAUCGCAGAUUCCACCCUGAUAUCCAGUGAUGCUUACUGGUACAGCCUGUUUCUUGCAGAAACCAGGAAGGGUAAAGUGGUUGUGAGACAGCCCAUAAUUCCCAAAGGAGCUGGCUACUUCGUGUCCAGUAUACCCAGGAGCAUAGGCCCAAGUGAAACCACAGACUCCAGAGCGUCCACACUGGAGUUUCCAAAAUGAAAGGAAGUCCAUUCUACAACUGGAGCAGGAUCCCCGGAGAGAGCGGCGGUGAUCUUAUCUUUCAUGGGAGUCUAAAGAUGAACCGUUCCUGUGACUCACA